AUGUCUUCCACCAUGAGAGCAAUCGGCAUAAAAAACAACACCGGCCCCGCCGAAAACCUCUUUGUCGACAACAUCCCCAAGCCCUCUCCCUCCGCGGGAGAGGCCCUGGUGAAGAUUAAGGCUUUCGGUCUGAACCGAAUGGACCUGCUGCAGCGCGAGGGCAAGUAUCCGGUUCCGCCGCAGGCGCCUCCGACGCUGGGCGUGGAGUUCUCGGGUGUGAUUGAGGUGGUUGCGGAGGGGACGGAUUGUGAUUUCAAGGCUGGGGAUGAGGUUUUUGGACUGGCUUAUGGAGGUGCGUAUGCGGAGUAUAUUGUGGUGUCGCCGGCGAUGCUGGUUCAUAAGCCGGCCGAGUUGUCGUGGGAGGAAGCGGCUGGUGUUCCUGAGACAUGGAUGACCGCCUCGCAAGCCCUCUUCCUCAUCGGCGACUUCCAACCCGGCCAAUCCGUCCUCUGGCACGCCGGCGCCUCGUCCGUCUCGCUUUCAGGGAUCCAACUCGCCAAGGCUCACGGCGCAAAAGCGAUCUACGCGACCGCCGGAUCGCAGGAAAAGAUUGACUUCCUGGAGAAACAAAUGGGUGUCACCGCCGCGUUCAACUACCGCACACAGGACUGGGCGUCGGAAUUGCGCCAGGCUACGGAUGGACAAGGGGUGAACCUAAUUGUCGACUUCAUCGGCGGGCCGUAUUUCCAGGAUGAUCUGAACUCGGCUGCGCGCGACGGACGGGUUGUUUUCUUGGGGUUGAUGGGCGGUGGCAAAGUGCCUGGGACGGCUGAUAUCUCCGCGAUGUUGUACAAGCGCGUUCGCGUUGAGGGGAGUACACUGCGGAGUCGGGAGCUGGAUUAUCAGCGGAAGCUGCGCGAUACCUUGGUUGAGCAUGCGCUGCCCAAGCUCCAGGAUAAGUCGUUCACGGUAUAUGUGGAAAAAGUGUUCCGCUUCGAAGAAAUCGCAGACGCACACCGACUAUUGGAGAGCAAUGCCACCAAGGGCAAGUUGAUUUGCGUUAUCGAUCACUAG